UGGGCUGGGUGAGGCAGGGCUGCGCCGCGGGAGGCCGAGGUGUGGGCGGGGGCGGCGGGGCGCUGCAGCCAGCCCCGGACACGGACCGACCGACGGACUGCCGGACCCACCGCCGCUGCUCGGCCCCCGCUUCCUAGAGCCGAGCCCCGGAGGGCGGAGGAAGGGGCGCGGCUGCCCGUGCCCGUGCCCGGGGGCUGCCCGGCCGGCUCGCUGCGCUCUCCCCUGGCCUCGCUUCCUGCCCGCCCCCCAAGAUGGUGUGCGGCGGCUUCGCCUGCUCCCGGAGCUGCCUGUGCGCCCUCAACCUGCUCUACACGCUGGUUAGCCUGUUGCUGAUUGGGAUCGCUGCUUGGGGAAUUGGCUUUGGCCUGAUCUCUAGCCUCCGAGUUGUUGGCGUGGUCAUUGCCGUUGGCAUUUUCCUCUUCCUGAUCGCACUGGUGGGACUGAUUGGUGCCGUGAAGCAUCACCAGGUGUUGCUGUUCUUUUACAUGAUCAUUCUCUUACUGGUCUUCAUCAUCCAGUUUUCGGUGUCCUGUGCUUGCUUAGCCCUGAACCAGGAACAGCAGGGCCAGCUUCUGGAGGUGGGAUGGAACAACACGGCCAGCGCCCGGAAUGACAUCCAGAGAAAUCUGAACUGCUGUGGCUUCCGGAGCUUUAACCCGAACGACACCUGCCUUGCCAGCUGCUUUAAAAACAGCCACCAUUGCUCUCCCUGUGCUCCAAUCAUCGAAGAAUAUGCUGGAGAGGUGCUGCGCUUCGUAGGUGGAAUCGGUCUCUUCUUUAGUUUCACAGAGAUCUUGGGAGUUUGGCUGACCUACCGAUACCGGAACCAAAAAGACCCUCGGGCCAACCCGAGUGCCUUCCUUUGAUGGGCGGUCAAGGCUGAUCUCCCGCAUGGUCCCUUCCUUCUUCCUUCCUGUUACAUAGAAGUUAAGCUAGUUGUCCUUUUCGUUAAUUAAGUGAACUUUCUCUUUUAAAAUGACACGAUAGAAGGGAGAACUAUCUGUUUUUGUUUGUAGCUAGCCCACUCAGCCCAUCUUCCCCCGCGCCUCUGUUGGAACACCUCCUUCUGAAUGACGUCAUUCCCUCUUGCAGCCGUGCUGCCAGUCUGUGCCAGUGCCCCGAUGCCUUUCUUAGCCUUUGUACACAUAGAGAAAACUUCCGUGGCGUUCUUGUUGUCGUCCACCUUGUGACCAACGCCUCUCUGCCUCCUGGGUAGCACUGGUUAUUGAGAAGGGACGGAACUGGAGAAAGAUGGGGAUUUGAUCUGUAACUGAUUCUUUUCGUUUCGAUGAGUUUACGGAAGGGACUCCCCUGCUCCACUCUCCCCCGUUCUCAAUAUCCUUUUCUUUUUCUUAAGAGAAACUUUGUGUGGAGUAAAAUUCAGUUAAUUAAAGUGUUGAUUCAGGUUUUGUCAUCUUACUUUAGGACACAAUUGCUGUUAUAUAGAAGUAGAAAUGUGGUUUGGAAAAGUGGUAGGGAAAUGACUCAUCCUGAGACCUGUACAGGUGGGCGACUUCUAGAUAUCCCCCCCCACCUCCAUGUGAUCGAUAGGUGAUCAAUCCCAAAUGCAUCCGUUCUGAUUCUCUUUUCACAACAACGAAUCCAGGCUCAAAUUCUUCUAUUUUUACAAAAAUCAAAGCAAUCAUAAUAUCCCAUGGGGUGACAGCACGGUGACCGUGACGCCGGCCGGCCUCCCUCCCCCUGAGAAGUCCGCGGUGAUUGUCCGGGGAAGCUUUCCGACACAAGCAUCUUGGAAUGUGAUUGUCAUGAUUUCCGGUUUGAAUAGAACUGUAGCUAUGUCAUUUAUUUAAAAAAAAAUAAAAGAUGGAAAACCUU